CAUCCUCCUAGUUUUUUUCUUUUCUAUUUUUCAGCUAACCUUAUCUUCUUCCCGCGUCCUUUCCAGCCUCCCGUCCCGUGUGGCGUCUGGCGUGUGCGCACGCACCUCCCCAGGCCCCAGUGCCACCUUCCCUCCUCGGCUCGACCCGCCCGGCGCUCCGCCGCAGCUGGCUCAUCCCAAUCCCCUCGUACAGUCGUGCUCCGCGCCCGCUUCACCGCCUGAACAAAGAUGGAGGCCUUCCUAGCCGGCCUCUUCAGGGCGCCUCCACGGGCCGUCCCCGCCCCUCGGGGCACGCCUCUCCCCAGCCUUCCUCUCUUCUACGGCAGGCGCCGCAGGAGGCCGUCCUCCUCCGUGGUCUGCAUGGCGGAGCCCUAUCUGAUUGCCAAGCUGGACUCUGCGGAGAAGGCCUGGAAAGAAAUGUCGGUUAGGUUGGCAGAUCCUGACAUUGUCUCGGAUCCAAGCGAAUACCAAAAAAUCGCGCAGUCUGUUUCUGAACUGGAUCAGGUCGUGACCACAUACAGGCAAUUCAAGGAUUGUGAGAGGCAACUUGAAGCGACAAAAGCUCUGGAAAAAGAGAACGAAGGUGACCCCGAUAUGUUAGAGAUGAUAGCUUCUGAGUUGGAGGCUCUAUCUAACCAGCUCGCAGAGCUUGAAGAAAAAAUGAAGUUUCUACUGCUUCCCAGCGAUCCUCUAGAUUCACGCAACAUCUUACUUGAAGUAAGAGCAGGUGCUGGUGGUGAUGAAGCUGGGAUUUGGGCUGGUGACCUUGUUCGCAUGUACCAGAGAUACUGUGAGCGCAACAAUUGGAAGUUUAAGCCAGUUUCUUGCUCAGAAGCAGAAAUGGGUGGGUACAAGACAUACGUGAUGGAGGUCAAGGGGAAACAAGUCUAUAGUAAACUGAAGUUUGAGUCAGGUGUACACCGUGUUCAGCGUGUUCCCUUGACAGAGGCUAUGGGUCGUGUUCAUACGUCAACAGCAACUGUAGCUAUUAUGCCAGAGGCUGAUGAAGUUGAUGUGGUUAUUGAUCCGAAAGAUAUUGAGCUUAAAACAGCAAGAUCUGGUGGAGCUGGAGGGCAGAAUGUUAACAAGGUGGAGACGGCUGUUGAUCUUAUUCACAAGCCGACAGGAAUACGGAUAUUCUGUACGGAAGAGAGAUCACAGCUACAGAACAGAGAGCGGGCAUUUCAAUUGUUGAGAGCAAAACUUUACGAGAUAAAAUUAAGGGAGCAACAAGAAUCAUUAAGAAACCAGAGGAAAUUGCAGGUUGGUACUGGUGCCCGAUCCGAGAAGAUAAGGACGUACAACUACAAGGAUAACAGAGUGACAGACCAUCGCUUAAAGAUGAACUUUGAGCUGACAAGCUUCCUUUUAGGAGACAUCGAAUCGGCUAUUCAGUCUUGUGCUACGAUGGAGCAGCAGGAGCUGUUGGAGGAAAUGGCCAGUUCCGUGGGCGCAGUAAACGUAUGAUUCAGGCAAAUUCGGCGUUGAGGCCAGGCCAUCAAACUGAACCGCGAAACUCAUGACGUGCUCGGACUCGGUGAAGAUGAUUGAUAGCUGUACAUGAAGAAAACUGACAAGAUGAACUCCCCCCAUAGGAACUUUUUCCCCCCCUGUAGUCCGCAGGGUACAACACACACCCACCCAUGCAUCUCAGCUUCCUUGACGGCAGCAGAGUUACUAGUAGAAAAUAUACAUGGUUUGUGCAGUUCAACGCUUCAACUGCUCCAGUAUUCACAGUUUAAUGCAUUUUAGGUAUGUUGCUCCAGUUUCUCAAC